ACAGGCUCUAUGGAUGUUGUUCCUACUAUUUGCUAGUUGGAUUGCUUUUGUUAUGUUUGAGGACACACAGCAGGGCCUCACGGUCUUUACUUCUUACGGUGCAACUCUUUAUCAGAUGUUUAUUUUGUUCACAACAUCCAACAAUCCUGAUGUCUGGAUUCCUGCAUACAAGUCUUCUCGCUGGUCUGCGGUGUUCUUCGUGCUCUACGUGCUAAUUGGUGUCUACUUUGUCACAAACUUGAUUCUUGCCGUCGUUUAUGACAGUUUCAAAGAACAGCUCGCAAAACAAGUAUCUGGAAUGGAUCAAAUGAAGAAAAGAAUGCUGGAGAAAGCCUUUGGUCUUAUAGACUCAGAUAAAAACGGGGAGAUUGAUAAGGACCAAUGCAUUAAGCNGCUUCUAUCACCGACUUUGCCGAAGAUAUCAAAAGAAGAAUUCGGAUUGAUUUUUGAUGAGCUUGAUGAUACUCGUGACUUUAAGAUAAACAAGGAUGAGUUUGCUGACCUUUGCCAGGCCAUUGCUCUAAGAUUCCAAAAGGAGGAAGUACCAUCUCUUUUUGAAAACUUUCCACAAAUUUACCAUUCGGCCUUAUCACAACAACUGAGAGCCUUUGUUCGAAGCCCCAACUUUGGCUACGCUAUUUCUUUCAUCCUCGUUCUCAAUUUGAUUGCUGUCGUUGUUGAAACAACGCUUGAUAUCGAAGAAAGCUCGGCUCAGAAGCCAUGGCAGGUUGGAUAUAUGUGUUAG